UCUGCACCUGCGCCGUGCGCAAUUGCCUCGAGGCCCGGUUCCGCAGUUUCCUGCCGCCGAUGCAACUGCUCCGACAACUCGACGGCCGCUGGUGCCCCGCCGAAGACCGGCCAGCCUCGGGCCACUCGAGCUCCGCGUCUCCCGCGGCAACGGCCUCCGCUUCAGUUUCCGCCGGCCAACACGGCCUGCUCGCCUCGGCGGUGCCCGAGGCCGACAUCGUGUCUCGGGCGCCCGGCGGACUGACGACCACCGCCGACGGCGACGGCGACGGCAACGGCAACGGCGACGGCGACACCGCCUCGGACGCCGCCACUUCGACGUUGCCGCCGCGUCGUCCUGAGGCGGCCAAGGGCGCCGGUUCGAGUCCCGCUCAGUCGGGCGGGAAUCUGCUCGCCGACGGCCACUGGCCGGGUCUUCGCCAGCGCAUCACGGCGGCGCGAUUGGCUCGUCUCUCGCUCGACGCCUGGCAGGCCAGUCUGGCCGGCAACCCCGUGGGCACCCGCACCGCCAGGCCUCUGGGCGCGCCCAGACCCGGCCGGCCCGACUGGCGCCGGAGCCAUGCUCCGCUCGGCCGCGGGGUCCGAGGCGCGCCGGCCUCGGACGUCGGCGAGGCGACCUGCGGCGCGCCGCUGGCCGGCUCGUAUGCCGCCUCGAUCGCGCAUUUCUCAGUCAACCUGCAGCAAGUGCUCUACGGACUUCGGCCACUGCUCGACUACCCGAUCGACGAGGCCUGUCUGGUACGUCGGUCUGGCACGAGGUUGCCGAGGCCAGUCUCUUAG